UGUGCAUGGAAAAUCACCAGGACGUGUGACAUCGGGGAAGAGUGGUGACAGCACAGUGACCAGACAACGAGGGCUGCGCAAGAUGAAGGUGCUUCUGCCUCUCCUGCUGGCUGCUGCCACUUGCAUGGAUUUGGGACACUCCUUGCAGUGUUACACGUGCAGGGACCUGACCCCAGUCGAGAAGUGCCAGACAAUUGAGAACUGCACAGAGACUGAGACCAUUUGCAAGACUACGAUGUAUUCCCUGGAGGAUGUUUAUCCCUUCGUGGGAGUCUCGACUGUCACCAAGAUGUGCUCCUCCGCCUGCGUCCCCUCCGACGUGGAUGGCAUCGGGGUGGCGCAUCCUGUCACCUGCUGCUACACUGACCUGUGCAACAUUGAUGGCGCAGCGAGUUUGAGGAUCAGCCCUGUGCCAGUUGGGAUCCUGGCAAGUUCCCUCUGUGCCUUUUUCUGGACCAGACUGUGA